AUGCCCCAAGGAUUCAGGUUUGUUAAUUGUUUGCGAAGAGAUGAUCCAUAUCAUGGGGGAUUAAUCAUCUACUUUCGUGAUCGCUUUAAACACAAAAAGAUAGCUUUGCCGAAAUUAUUAACAUUUGAGGCAAUUGUGGCUAUAUUGACAGUGCCCUUGAGUGGCCUGGAGCUGAUUAUCCAGGGCAUAUCUCUUCCACGGGUUCAUUCGGUAAAAUUUUUGAGAAUUGUUAUACUAAGUGAUCUGAAAUGGAAUGAGCACAUCGACAUGAUCGUCCAUAGGCUGUACCGUGCGGUUGGGAUUCUGUUUAGAGUGAGAGACAGCUGGAUAAUAAGGGGUCCAAAAUUAUGGAAUGAUUUGGCCAUGGAUGGUCAAACACAUCUGUCUUUGAAGAGAUUUAAGCUAUGUGCAAAAGACGCUGCGCAAGAAUGGUUCAAACUGCACCAUGGUUCGCUAGUGACUGUAGAGGAAUUAAACGUCAAAGGUAUGAACGCAAAUAUAGGAAAAAUAAAUGCAUGGUUAAUAGGCAGAACUGAAUUGGCCUAA